AUGAAGAUAAUCAGGUUCAGGUCCGAGUUCACGUGUACAGUAGUUUAACGCUAACGGAGGACACACCACAUAACGUUGAUCUAUCAUUCCCUGGUGUUUUUUUCACAGUGAGCAAUAAUGUCAUCGAAGCAUGCCAAGCCCAACUUCAGCCAGUCUCAGGUGGUUGAGAUAGUGAAGAGGGUCUUCAGGCUGACGCCUUCAGAAAUCCGCUCUCUGCAGAGCUACGAUGACCAGAAUGUCUAUGUGGCGGAUAUCGAGGGUGGCGAGUACGUCCUGAAGAUAAUGAAUUCAGAAGACAGUAAGAACUCUGCCCUGAUUGAGAUGCAGAACUAUGCAAUGACCGUCCUGCACCAGCAUGGACUCCCUGCCCAAACAGCCCUGCCCACUGCCUCCGGACAGCUCAUGAGCCUGGAAGAAGUAGAUUGUGGCUAUGGCUGUCAGAAGUACCUGGUGCGGCUGCUGACUUAUUUGCCUGGAAUCACUAUUUCCAAGGUUCCUUUAACACCACAGUUACUCUAUGAAACCGGCAAGACGGCAGCCAGAAUGGACAAAAUCCUACAAGAGAUGGAGCACCCUCAUCUUGGCGUGCUGCAGAGAGAGAACUUCAUAUGGAGUCUGUCAAAUGUUCCACUCCUAAACGCAUACAUCAAUUUAUUAGAUGGAGAUCCUCUUGAGGAGGCUGUGAAGUCUGUCAUUCAUCAGUACAAGACCUCUGUGGUCCCUAAUCGCUCCAAUUUCCGCAAGUGCAUUAACCAUGGUGACUUCAAUGACCUCAAUGUGCUUGUACAACCUGACGAGAGUGACGGCCACAGGAUUUCUGGCAUCCUUGACUUUGGGGACAUGAACAGUGGCUACUACAUCUAUGAGCUAGCCAUCGCUAUCAUGUACAUGAUGACGGAGCACCCUACACCCAUAGAGGUGGGUGGACCUGUCCUCGCGGGCUGGGAAAGUGUCCUUCCCCUUAACGAGGCAGAGAAAGAUUGUCUUUAUGUGCUGGUGCUGUCCCGCUUCUGCCAGUCGUUGGUUUUAGCUCGUCACUCUGUGAUCUUGCAUCCUGAAAAUGCAGAGUAUCUGAUGAUUACAUCUAGGAAGGGCGUCCACAUUUUCCAUCAACUCUGGGAGCUUGGAAAGGAGCAGGUAGAGAAGGUGUGGUUUCAGAGUGCAGCUCAAUUCAGUGACAGGAAGUGAGAAAUAUGUAAGGUAAGCCAUUCACAAAUUUUGACGCACAACAGGGUGAAUAAAAUCGAUAGAUUUUGUUUUCACAGCAAAAGAACACAUUUUACUCUUGAGAUUCAGACAUUUUGGUGUUGAAAUACAGCAGUGGGGGGGAUGCUUGGCACGUUGUAAACCAACCAAUCAGCGCGCAGCUUAUAUAAAUAUUCAUGAGCAUACCAUAUAAGGGAGAAAACCUCUUGAUUCAGUUUUGGGCUGUUUGACAGGGUUGCAUUAGUGCUAAUAGAACAGCACCUGGGCCAUUUUCACCCCAACCAAUGUUACAUACCCUAUUAGGAGACCUUAAGGAACAGUGUGAAAUACCCUAUAUAAUCAUUCUAUCACCCCUUUAAGAAACUAACUACAAACUGCAUGUACCUUG